AGGCGGUGCGGGGCGGGCGGGGCGCGCGGCGGAGAUGGCGCAGCUCUACCAGAUCUACCCGGACGAGGUGCUCGGCUCCGGACAGUUCGGCAUCGUGUACGGCGGACUGCAUCGCCGCACUCAGAGACCUGUCGCCAUUAAGGUGAUAGACAAACUCCGUUUCCCAACAAAACAAGAAGCACAAUUGAAGAACGAAGUCGCCAUCCUGCAGAACUUGUCACAUCCAGGCGUUGUCAACUUGGAGAGAAUGUUCGAGACUCCAGAGAGGAUAUUUGUGGUGAUGGAGAAGCUGAAGGGAGAUAUGCUGGAGAUGAUACUCUCACACGAAAAGGGGAGACUUACGGAGAGGAUCACUAAAUUCUUAGUGGCACAGAUCUUAGUAGCACUAAAGCACCUGCACGAGAAGAACAUCGUGCACUGCGACUUGAAGCCGGAGAACGUGCUCCUGUCCUCGGACGAUGAGUUCCCGCAGGUCAAGUUGUGUGACUUCGGCUUCGCCAGGAUCAUUGGGGAGAAGUCCUUCAGGCGAUCUGUUGUUGGCACACCUGCAUAUCUUGCCCCGGAGGUGCUUCGCAACAAGGGCUACAACAGAUCUCUAGACAUGUGGUCUGUGGGUGUCAUCGUAUACGUGUCGUUAUCGGGCACAUUCCCCUUCAACGAGGAUGAGGACAUCAACGAGCAGAUACAGAACGCAGCCUUCAUGUAUCCACCCACACCCUGGAGAGAGAUCUCCGCUGAAGCGAUCGACUUGAUCAACAACUUGCUGCAAGUGAAGCAACGCAAGCGGCUGUCGGUGGACAAGUGCGCGGCGCACGCCUGGCUGCAGACGCGCGAGGCCUGGCUCGAUCUGCGCGCGCUCGAGCGCCGCGUCAACGCGCGCUACCUCACGCAUCCCAGUGAUGACGCGCGCUGGCAGUGACCCCGCACCACCCGCGCGCACCCCGCACCCGCACCCGCCCCGCACAGUGACGCGUCAGUAUCCUACACACACAA